GUCAUGGCGCGAGGCGUGUGACAGGGUGAGGGAGGAACAGAGAAAACGAGAAGAAAGUCGACGUAAAUUGAUUCAAACUGGGAGAGACGAAGGUAAUGCGGAACGAGAGCAACUCAAGGCUGAAAUGGAACACCAGAAGGCUGACAGUGCCCGACGCGAGGCUGAAAGUGCCCGACGCGAGGCUGAAAGUGCCCGACGCGAGGCUGAAAAACAGGCUGAAUUGGACCAACUCAAAGCGAGAAUGCGUGAAGACGAAAACCGUCAGUCUGACAACGCGGCCUUCGCAGCUUGAAGAAGGGAUGCCAAGUUUUCGUAGCCAGGAAGACAGCAAAGCUGUCAAACAUGUCAUAUUCUUCCCAUUAUUUAUUUUCAUGGAGCAGACAGAGCGGCGUCUAUUACCCGCCACCCCAACAUGUCUGCAUAUUCUAGUACACUGUUUCAGCUGUAAGUACCGUGCCAGGCCUCUAGUGUAGCUAAAUCAUCAUGACGGUUCGAAAGCGGGUAGUUUGAUGGUGCCACUUAAAUUAGACUCCCAUGCUGCUAUGUUGUAACGAUCCCCAGAUAGUUGCCAAAUGAUUAUGGAGAAUGUCGCUGCGAAUGAUGA